AUGAUUUUAAGGCACCAUCUGUUCAAGAGCGCCUACGCCAGAGGGGUGACUCGACUGCCAACAGCAACGCGGAGGUGCCUCUCGUCCUCAGCACUGGAAGGCCUGCAAAAGCCAGUGCAAUCCUACAUCUCUCGGUCGCGUGAUCCAUACCUGAAUCUGUCCAUCGAGCAUUAUCUGCUACAGAAAGCUGCACCUGAUUCGGCUGUACUAUUUCUGUACGUCAACCGUCCUAGCAUCAUCAUCGGCAGGAACCAGAAUCCAUGGCUGGAGGUCAAUCUUGCAUUGCUGGAUGCUUCCCGUGGACGACCCGAAACGGAGCCUCCCGGUCUGGGAGGUGUUGAUCUUGUACGGAGGAGGAGUGGUGGCGGCACAGUCUUCCAUGAUGAGGGAAAUGUGAACUGGACGGUGAUAUGUCCUUCGACCCAGUUCACCCGCGACAAGCAUGCCGAAAUGGUAGUGCGGGCAUUGAGGAGCUGUGGUGUCGAGCGAUCAAGAGUCAAUGCUCGGCAUGACAUUGUACUUGAUCAAGGCCAUCGUGCUGCGAGGGCUGACCCAGACGACACGCACAGCACACCUUUCGAGGCCAUUGACUUUGAUACACCGAAGCCAUUGAAGGUCUCUGGCUCUGCGUACAAGCUCACCAGAAACCGGGCACUGCAUCACGGAACGUGCUUACUGUCAAGCCCGAAUCUUCCUGUCAUACCAGACUACUUACAUUCGCCCGCGAAGCCGUUCAUGACUGCUCGUGGUGUCGAGAGUGUUAGCUCACCGGUUGGGAACAUCUUGCUGAGCAACGACGACUUUAUCGCAGCCGUGCAGAAGCACUUUUCGAAGCACUACGAGGCUCAAAGUCAGCCGACGAUAGAGGUCGAUGAAGGGUGGUUAGAGCAGGAAGAUAUCCGCAAAGGCUACGAGGAACUGAAGUCUCUCGACUGGACAUACCUACAGACGCCACAGUACAGUCUGUCGACCAAAUCUCAGGUGCUCCUUGAUGCUGAUCUCGAACUUUCCGUUCGAUACGGUGCCAUCACGGAUGGUGCGCUUACUAUCGGUGCUGAGGGCGGCGCGUCAGACCAGAAGCAUGCCCUCGACAGCAGGAUGAUCCGUCGCAAGGUGCACGAGGUCGACUCGUGGGAGUCUGCCAUGGGAAUAACCUUGGAUCACCUGGACUCCUGGCAGCGUGGACGCUUGAUAGAGUGGCUGGAGAAAAUGCUACCGAGACCUAUAGCUCCUUGA